AUGAAGUUAGAAAAUACUUUAUUUACACUCGGUGCCCUAGGGAGCAUCUCUGCUGCUCUGGUCAUCCCAAAUCUUGAAAAUGCCGCCGACCACCAUGAACUGGUGAACAAGGACGACCAGCAAGAGAAACCUAGAAACGUGGAAUUCGUUAGAGAUAGCGAAACAAGGCCUUCCAAGAAGGGCCAUAAGGGUCCGGAACACGAUGACGAGGAGUCCUCUGAAUCCGGCGAGAAAAAACAGUUAAAAAAAGGUUCCCAUGGGAGGGGUCACGAGGGAGGAAAGGGCAUGAAGCCUAAGCACGAGAGCUCUGAUGAUGAGGAGCAGAAGCCUCACCAUAAAGGUGGCUGCCACGAGAAGAAGUUGGAGGAGAAGAAGAAGAAGAAGGCGAAGGACAAGAAAGUGAAGGAUAAGAAGCACCACGCAAAGACAUUGGAAAAAGGGAGGCACCACAACAGGCUGGCUCCUUUGGUGUCCACUGCUCAAUUCAACCCAGACGCCAUCUCCAAGAUCAUCCCCAACCGCUACAUCAUCGUCUUCAAGAAGGGAGUCCCUCAAGAAGAGAUCGAUUUCCACAAGGAGAGCGUCCAUCAAGCACAACUCCAAUCUGUAGAGAACUUAUCUGCUGAAGACGCUUUUUUCAUUUCCACUAAAGACACCUCCUUAUCGACCUCUGAAGCUGGCGGUAUCCAGGACUCCUUCAACAUCGAUAAUCUUUUCUCCGGUUACAUCGGCUACUUCACCCAAGAGAUUGUCGACUUGAUACGUCAAAACCCAUUAGUAGACUUUGUCGAAAGAGACUCUGUUGUGGAAGCUACGGAGUUUGACACUCAAAACAGCGCCCCAUGGGGGUUGGCCCGUAUCUCUCACAGAGAGCGCCUGAACUUGGGGUCUUUCAACAAGUAUCUCUACGACGAUGAUGCUGGUCGCGGCGUCACAUCCUAUGUUAUUGACACCGGUGUCAACGUCAACCACAAGGACUUCGAAAAGAGAGCCAUUUGGGGGAAAACCAUCCCACUCAACGACGAAGACCUCGACGGUAACGGCCACGGUACACACUGUGCCGGUACUAUCGCUUCCAAACACUACGGUGUCGCUAAGAACGCCAAUGUCGUCGCUGUCAAAGUCUUGAGGUCAAACGGGUCUGGUACCAUGUCUGAUGUCGUCAAGGGUGUCGAAUAUGCCGCAAAGGCCCACCAAAAGCAAGCCGAAGAAAAGAAAAAGGGAUUCAAGGGUUCCACAGCCAAUAUGUCCCUUGGUGGUGGUAAGUCCCCCGCUUUGGACUUGGCCGUCAACGCAGCCGUUGAAGCCGGUAUUCACUUCGCCGUAGCUGCUGGUAAUGAAAACCAAGAUGCUUGUAACACCUCCCCAGCUUCUGCUGAUAAAGCCAUCACUGUCGGAGCUUCCACGUUAAGCGAUGACAGAGCCUACUUUUCCAACUGGGGUAAGUGUGUCGACGUUUUCGCCCCAGGUUUGAACAUUUUGUCCACCUACAUUGGGAGUGAUGAAGCCACCGCCACUUUAUCCGGUACGUCCAUGGCUUCCCCUCACGUUGCUGGUUUGUUGACCUACUUUUUGUCGUUGCAACCAGGUUCUGAUAGUGAAUUUUUCGAAUUGGGUCAAGACUCUUUGACUCCUCAACAAUUGAAAAAGAAGUUGAUUCAUUACAGUACGAAGGACAUUUUGUUCGAUGUCCCUGAAGACACGCCAAACGUUUUGAUCUACAACGGUGGUGGUCAAGAUUUGUCUGCCUUCUGGAAUGACACCAAAAAGUCCCAUUCAUCUGGCUUCAAGCAAGAAUUGAAAAUGGAUGAAUUCAUCGGCUCAAAGACCGACUUGAUCUUUGAUCAAGUGAGAGAUGUUCUUGAUAAAUUGAAUAUCAUUUAA